UGGGAAAGGCAGCGGCACGUGCGCAGCAAGCAGCGGUUAGUGGCAGAUUGGGCCCUGAAGAGAAUGCAGCAAUGGAGUUGCCUCCUCCGGGAAACCGGAGGGUUUCCAUCAGUAACCCUCAAGAGACAUCUGGCAGGGUUCCCACCACCCCAGCCGUUCUUCCCAACCAGCCAUCUAAGCUCACUUCCGUCUCCAUGAAGCGCUCCUCCCAUUCUUACGCCUACAGGCCUUCCAUCAUGAGCAACCGUAGUUUGGGGGCCCAGUCCCUGCUGCCGAACCCCAUUCUCCAGAAGACCUCCCUCAUCCCCCCAGGUGCCCAGCAGAGCAGAGCAUCCAAUAUCUCUUCAGUCCGAUAUGCUGAUGAAGAAGGCAAGCCGCUCCCUGAGAAGGACAAAGACAAGGACAAGGGCAAGGGUAAAGGCGCAGGAACUCGGCUGUUGACUAUGCUAAGGAAAACUCUUCAGGGGUCUCAGAGUGAUGAAAUGGUAGAAACAACUCAAACACAGAAUUUGAUACCAUUUGGAGACGUGGUGGGCUGUCUGGCGAUUCACAUAAAGAGCUGUAGACAGUUUUCUCAGAGGUUUCUUAGCCAACAGCAUUUUAGUCUGUUCAUGCGUGUCUCUGUAAACCACAUUGUGAAAUGUACAAAACUUCGUCAUCUGAAAGCUGUUAAUAAUGAAAAGAACCUUGUACUUAAGUUUGAUGAGGUGAAGUAUUUUUCUGUACAGGUUCCCAGACGUCAAGAUGAUGAGCGGAAUUACAUUUUCUUGGAACUAAUGGAAGAUCGAGAAGAUCCAGAAAGCUCUCCUUUUCCCUUGGCCAAUACAGAAUCACAUCUUUAUGAAGUAAUACAGAAAGGCUGCUUUACUGAAGUAAUGCAAAUGAUGCACAGAAACUCCACUGUCUGCAGGGUGGAAGUGGAAUUUAUGUUCUCCUAUGGAAACUUUGGUUAUGGAUUUUCACAUCAGUUAAAACCUCUUCAGAAAGUCAUUGAACCAUCUAUGUUUAUGAAUAUUGCACCUCCUCCAGAGAGAACAGACCCUGCCACAAAUGUUAUUACUCCACAACGAGUAGAAUAUCCAGCAUUCUUAUCCCCAGAAUUUAAUGUUAACAUUGGGAUUCCUGAAACCAACCAGGCAACUGUGGUGCAACUUGAAAAACUCCGUGAGAAGCCCCGGGAAAGGUUGGAAAGAAUGAAAGAGGAGUAUAAAAGUAUGAAUACAUGGAUACAAAAGGCUGAUUAUUUAAGAAACCUUAUUAAUCCAAAUAUGGUAAAAAGAGAUUCUAAGAGAAAUAAUGAACAACAGUCUGAAUCAAAUUCUAGUGUAUUAGAAGAGCUUGAAAGAACAACAUACGAUAUUCAUCACAGAAAAUCUGAAGCUCUUUCAAAUGAGCUGGUGGAUUAUGGUGAUAAGGAAGGCCGGGUCAUACCAGUUUUAAAGCUGUUAGACCAAAAUCAUUCAGAGUCAUCUUUGGCUAACAAUAGUGAAUCCACGCUGUUGGAAGAUGUUCUGCUGCCCCCUAUUCACAGCCUGCAGAUAAUAGAAGAAGAUGAAAUGCCACGUUUACAAAAGAUCUCUGAGCCAGAAGACAGGCCACACGAAGAGAGGAAAAGUAUAGUAUUUUCAUCGGACGAAGAACUAGUACCCAAACAUCCAAGCAUUUUAAAAAUAAGCUCAUCUGUACAAGAGAAUAGGCGUAGAAUGGAAAAAUCUCCACAUUUUUCAGAUGUGGUAAUAAUACCUGAUAAACCCUUAGAAGAAUUAAACACAAAUAAGAAAGGGAGACCUUCCAUCGAGUUAAGGAAAUCUUGGGAAAGACGACCUACUGACAUUGUCUGUAGUCUCCGAAAGGUGGCUUUUGCACAAAAAGAGUACACUAUACCAGUUUGCAAAGCAGAAACUACAGAAUUCAAACCCAAACAUCAGUUUCAGAAACUCAGCAAGAGUGGUCUUGAUCCUUUUCUAAGAAACAUAAACAGCAAAAUGUCAUUCAGAAAGAAGAAAGAUCACGAUGACGGAUACAGACAUCUAAGCUCGUUAAGUACAGAGAUUUUAGAGCAUGAAGAUCAAGAUCCUCCUUACCCAGACCAUUCAGGAUCUUCAGGAUCUGAUACAAUACAGGUGGAAAAUCCUAGCCUUUUCACAGUCCCGAUGGUGAACAGGAAGAGCUUGCCUCCUGACCCUAUUACAACCACAAUGAUCUCAGAAAGGAAGAAUAAGCUGUCACUUGAUAGUGUUUUCAACUCAGCAAACAAUUCAAAUACAAAGAGUAUCUUUGCAAGUGAUAAUCCUGUUGUCAGCCUAACAAAGCUUUCAGAUUCUGAUAAUAAACUGUUAACUGAUUCUAGUUUUAAUACAACAAAGCCUUCAAAUAGGAGGCUGUCUAAAGACUCAAAUUCCAAUACAACAAAGCCUUCAGAUACUAAGUUAUGCAGUGAAUAUAGCUCCAAUGCAACACAGCCAUCAGAUAGGAAGCCGUCUAGUGAUCCUAAUUCCAGUACAACAAAGCCUUCAGAUACUAAACUGUUUAGUGAUCCUAGUAACAAUAAGUUGUCCCGGGAUCCUAUUAGCAAUGCAACACAGCUUUCAGGCUCUAAUAGAUUGUCCCAUAAUCCUAGUAUCAAUGGAAAUAAAUCUUCAUAUACUUCAGAUCUUAAUAAGUUAUCCCGUGAUCCUAGCAUCAUUUCAGCAAAGUCUUCAGAUCCUAACAAGUUAUCCCGUGAUCCUAGCAUCAUUUCAGCAAAGUCUUCAGAUCCCAGUAAGUUAUCCCGUGAUCCUAGCAUCAUUUCAGCAAAGUCUUCAGAUCCCAGUAAGUUACCCCGUGAUCCUAGCAUCAUUUUAGUAAAGUCUUGGGAUCCUAACAAGCUGUCCCGUGAUCCUAGCAUCAUUUCAGCAAAGUUUUCAGAUCCCAGUAAGUUAUCCCGUGAUCCUAGCAUCAUUUCCCAUGAUCCUAGCAUUAUUUCAGCAAAGUCUUCAGAUCCAAAUAAGUUAUCCCGUGAUCCUAGCAUCAUUUCAGCAAAGUCUUCAGAUCCUAACAAGCUGUCCCGUGAUCCUAGCAUCAUUUCAGCAAAGUCUUCGGAUCCCAGUAAGUUAUCCCGUGAGCCUAGCAUCAUUUCAGCAAAGUCUUCAGAUCCUAACAAGUUAUCCCAUGAUCAUAGCAUCAUUUCAGCAAAGUCUUCGGAUCCUAACAAGCUGUCCCGUGAUCCUAGUAUCAUUUCCCGUGAUCCUAACGUCAUUUCAACAAAGUCUUCAAAUUCUAAUAAGUUGAACCGUGAUUCUAGUACCAUUUCAACAAGGUCUUCUGAUCCUGAUCCUAGUAAUUUAUCCAGUGAUCUCAGUUUCAAUUCAUCCAAGCUUUCAGAUUCUAGUAAGUUGAGCCGUGAUCGUUCUAGCACCUCAACAAGGUCUUCAGAUCCUAACAAGUUAUCCCAUGAUUCUAGUACCAUUUCAACAAAGUCUUCAGAUCCUAACAAGUUGUCCCGAGAUCCUAGUAUCAAUUCAACGAGGCUUUCAGAUCCUAGUAAGUUGAGCCGUGAUCCUAGUAUCUUCUCAACAAAGUCUUCGGAUCCCAGUAAGUUAUCCCGUGACCCUAGUACCAUUUCAGCAAAGUCUUCGGAUCCUAACAAGUUGUCCCGUGAUCCUAAUAUCAAUUCAACAAGGCUUUCAGAUCCUAGUAAGUUGAGCCGUGAUCCUAGUAUCUUCUCAACAAAGUCUUCAGAUCCUAACAAGUUAUCCCGUGAUCCUAGCGUCAUUUCAGCAAAGUCUUCAGAUCCUAACAGGUUACCCCGUGAUCCUAGCAUCAUUUCAGCAAAGUCUUCAGAUCCUAACAGGUUACCCCGUGAUCCUAGUAUCAUUUCAGCAAAAUCUUCAGAUCUUAAUAAGUUGUCCCGUGAUCCUAGCAUCAUUCCAGCAAAGUCUUUGGAUCCUAACAAUUUGUCCCAUGAGCCUAGCAUCAUUUCAGCAAAGUCUUCAGAUCCUAACAAUUUGUCCCAUGAGCCUAGCAUCAUUUCAGCAAAGUCUUCAGAUCCUAACAAGUUAUCCCAUGAGCCUAGCAUCAUUUCAGCAAAGUCUUCAGAUCCUAACAAGUUAUCCCGUGAUCCUAGCAUCAUUUCAGCAAAGUCUUCAGAUCCUAACAAGUUGUCCCAUGAGCCUAGUAUCAUUUCAGCAAAAUCUUCAGAUCCCAGUAAGUUAUCCCGUGAUCCUAGCAUCAUUUCAGCAAAGUCUUCGGAUCCCAACAAUUUGUCCCGAGAUCCUAGUACCAAUUCAACAAAGCUUUCAGAUCCUAUUAAAUUAAGCCGUGAGUCCAGUAUCAACGCAAGAAAGUCUUCAGAUACUAAUAAGUUGUCACAUGAUCCCAGUAUCAUUUCAACAAAAUCUUUAGAUAGUAACACUAGAUUGCCAAGUGGCAGUCCUACUGCCAAUUCAGAUACUACUACCAACGCAGCAGAACCUCCAGUUACUAAUAAUAUGCUGGAUCCUGAUAUCUCCAAAGUAGACUCUUCAGAUAUACAAAGUAAGUUAGAAUGGCUCCCAAAAGUAUCUUUAUCAAAUGUCCAAGGAGCACCAUCAGUGACUGAAAAUGUAAACAUACAUCACCCCUCAAACUCAAUAAAUUUUACCUCUGAUAUUGAAAUUUUAAAACAGUCAAUAGUACUCAAAUCAAUUUUAAGUAAAAAUCUGCAAGACCUUUCAGAUGAGUUGUUUUCUAAAGCAGAAGUCUACACAAAUGAUGAAAGCCGUUCUCCACCUCCAAGUAUACACAGCAGGCCAUCUGAUAGCAACGAUGAUAGAGUGUUUGCAAAAGUCCAAGAUCUAAAGAGCUGGCGUUCAUCAAAAGACCUUCUAAAUUCCCAGGUUCUUUUAAGUCCUGUAGUUAAAAAUCGUCCUCAAGAUUUACUUCCAGAAGGUGAACCAAGAAAAUCUUCAGACAUAGAAGAAUAUGUCUCUGAAAAACUCUUAGAGGCUGCUGAAAGAAAUUUUCCAAUGAACAGAAAGAGUACUUUCAAGAAAAAACAUUUAGUAAGUGAAGAAUCUGGCUCUGAACAUGUUUUAAGUGGUAGCAUAUAUGAGUACGUUAUCAAGCAAAUAUUCACUGCACCCAUAUUCUCACAACUGGGGAUAGGAAGAAGUAGCUCAAAUGAGGCCCAGAUGGGCUCACAGGAUCAGUUGCUGACACCUUGGGAGAGAAAUGCAUCUUCAAAGAUUCUCAACUAUGAAGAAAAAGGCAAUGAAGUUAACUUGUCACAGUCAAAAUCAGUCAUAAGCCAAAUAAUACAGUCCUUUCCUGUAAAUACUCUGUUAGAAUCUGGGAUAAUCAAGGUGAUAGAACUAGAUAAAGAACAUCAGAACUCUUUGUUGAACUCACAGACAACCUCUUCCACAGAGCAGUAUUCUGAUAUCAGAAGCCAAAUAAAACUUCUUUCCAGACAGAAGACAUUUAGCAUCAACCCCCUAGACUCUUCUGUGAGUGGAGCUGAAUAUACAGAAGACUGCCAAAGUAUAUCCACACAAGAGUCAAAAUAUCCAGUGCGAGAUGCAAACACAGACUCACUAACUGAUACAGAGGAGAUGGAGCUAGGUUCUAAUUUAGAAAGUUCAAGUAGCUCACUGGAUAAAAUUAAUGACAGUGACACAGCAAUGUUAAAAACCUUCCUAAAAAAUAUCUUCAGUAUUUUCUUCAAAUACGGUCAGUCUGAAAGAAGACAACAACCAGAAAAAGAGUCAGAAAGUCUAAUUAAACAGUCUUCAUCAAGUGGUACAGAACACUUAGAAAAAACUCAAGAGAGUUUUAAUAAUGCAAGCAAAAAAGUAGACAGGAAACCCAUUUUGAAUCCAAAGCUGCGUGUGUUUCUAGAGAAACUCUCGGAGACAGAAGUAAAAAAUUUAAAGUCUGAGUUAAGUAAACACAUUCAACAUUACCUUAUUGAAAGGCUGACAGAAUCAGGCCACAUCACUAAGGAGGACUUACCAACAAUCUAUCAGAAGCUCUAUCUGAUGAACGAGAAGGCAGAGUUAAAGGAGCAAAGCCCCUUUCAGGGGAAAUACUCAGAAACUGUAAAAGAAAUCAUGUCUUUUGUAAAUAAUUUUAACCAUCAUUUCAUAGAUAAACAUCUAGAAACAAAGCUUAGAGGUUUUCUAAGCGAAAUUCUCCAAAAUUAUUUCCUGAAGAAUCUUUCAGUGAGCAACUUAUUCAAUGAGACAGACGCUAUGGCUCUCCAUGCCAGCAUGUCCCCUGUGAGAAGUAAGAGUGAGCUAGGACAAGACAUUGCAGAUGGGAAUUUUGGUUCAAGCCUUAAAAUAAACAUGAAAUACCCUGUAAGCAAAUCUCUACAAAAUUAUCUUCAAGAUUUAUCAGAAAAUGAAUUAUUAAGUCUAAAAACUGAUUUGAGCAAAUACCUCCAGGUCCUCUUUAUAGAAAAACUUUAUAAGUCAGGACUAGUGUCAGAAAGGCAGCUGAAGGGAAUCAGCCAGGAAAUUACGUCACUUCACUCACCCCCCAUACCAUUAAAACACAUAAAAACAAAUUUAGCUUUUAGAAAUGAAAGUUACUUUAUGAGGGGGGAUUCAGAAGAGGAAAUGAACUAUUCAAGACAUAGUUCAAAUACAGAUUUACAAGCACUGUUUAAAGAUAAAUGUGGAGAAACUGAACUGUUCAGAGAGGAAGAAAGGGAAAGCUCUGUCUCACAACAUUUAAAAGAAAACCUACCAACAAUAUGGGAACAGAAAACUAUUUAUACCAAGGAAGAAGAAACACUAAACUUAAUACAUAUGCGAUCUUCCCUCAACAAAAAUAACCAGGCAAAUCCACUAACUAGGUCACCAGAAAGACCUUCAGACAUAUCACUUAAGAAACAGAAGAAAGAUCAUGGUUUCAUGCAGUUUACUCAAGUAGAAGGUUCUGUCUACAAAACAGAGAUUCAAGAUCCAUACCGUUGGGAUAGUAGACCAAAAACACUUCAAUCAAAACCUUGCUUUGAAAAGGCAUUGACAAUGAAGCAAUUUGACAAAAGGGAGAACAAUAGCAUUUAUAAAUUGACUGCUCAGGAAAAACCUGAUACAGAAUUCUCACCUUAUCUAAAGCUCCCUAACUGCAGACCAUCAAAAGAAAAUGAGCCCACAAGCAGGCUUUCCUUCCCUACAUGGCAAACUAGUGCCUUCAUCCAUGUCAAGCCAGAGAUUGGGGAGCAAUCAAAAUUAGACCACUAUUAUCAGAGACUGAAAGGAAACAAUAACAACAAUAAAAAACACUUGGUUACAUUUGCACAAUUUAAAAAUGAAAUGGAAACUCUUUAUAGAAACCCAUAUGAAGUUUGCAAUGAAAAAUGUGCUGACAUGUCUGACUCACAGUCAUUUAAAUAUAAAGAAAAUGAGAGAAACUCAAGGUCAUUCUUCUUCCCAGAAGUACUGAAGAGAGAAAACAUAAAAUCCAAAAGAAAAGAAAGAGACCACACCAUCAAACCAAAGAAGUCAUUUCACAAGAUAGUUAGGUUACUACCAGCCACACUGCCCACUACAAGACCUCAUCUCCGGAAGUCUGCGCCAAGGAAUUUACUUCACUGGACUGCCAGGAGAACUAUACAUGAUUGCUUGGAUAGAUUCGACGAUUUACACGUACCCUCAGUUAAAUGUCCUAAAAAAUCAAAAUCAAGAGCAAGACUUUUAGGCAAGAGUCCAGAUGAUUCCCAUAAUCAGUCAAAACACUGUGCACGGCCAUACACUGCUCCCGAGCCAAACAAACGACGAGAGAGUGCUGCCUGGAAGUUUGCAAGUCCUCGGAUGGUUUCAGCGGGCUUAGUUCAUUUAUAUGCCACCCCAGAGUAUGAAAUCCGUAAAAUGCGGUCCAAAAGAAAAGUAAAAGAGGAUAUUGAAAAGCGUCCGCUCAUUAGUGAGAUUAUCCAGAUGCUAGACACUACAGAAUGAUAUGUGAGGUCACCAGUCAGAAUAUAAUUUCUCCAUUAACAAAAUGGUUUGGAGGUCUAUCCUUGUGUGAUAGAAGUCAGCAACUAACUUUCAUCUUGUUAAACCAUUUUGUUAUAAUUAAAGUGAAAAAUAAACAUUCUAUGUAAA